CGUCUCCUCCCACCGCUCAAAUCACUCUCUUCGCCGGCGCCGGCGAACGCCGCCUCUCCCUCCGCCGGAACCAGCAACCCGCAGUCGUUGGCCUCCUCCACUGACUGGACGGCAGCGGAGGCGCACCGGCACCGGGCGCGACUCCUCGCUUGGUACAGGCCGGCCACAGGUGUUUUUUUGUGCACCAGAUUGAGCCAUGGAACCAAACUGUACCAAACAGUUGCAGGUGCCCGUGGCCGUUUUAGCUGUGGAAUUGAACAGCAAGAAGCGGCUGCUGUUUGAUGUUUCAAGCCGAAAGAUCCGCGGGAUAACCAGCACGGUGUUUCCAGAUGCCUUCUGCGAAUUCGAGAAUGGUGGGUGGCUUCUGAUGGCCAAGCACAAGCCUUUCUACUUCAAAGAGCAGACUGUGUUCCUUGUGCACCCUAGCACCGGCAAGCGCAUCGACUUACCGGUGCUUCGUUCUCCUAACGAGGGGUUCUUCGUUUUCUAUGUUGGUUCUCGUGGACUGCCCCUAGUGGUUGCAUUCAUCGAGAUCGAGACUGCUGUUCCAACUGUCCAUGUUGCCUGUCCUGGAGACGUGUACUGGAGCAUCUACAAGCAUAAUAGUCAUCCAGAAAUGUCAAAAGAAAAGAGCAUUUUGAUUGUUGAUGUGGCAUUGCUGGGCACACGGGCUGUGUGUGUUGAAUUGAAUGGGCAAAUCUUGGUCUUCAACAUCACUGAGAUGGUAUGGAGAACAGGUUCAUCUUGUCCAGACUGGGUUAAACAAGAUUCCCAUUUUCUUGUUGCGUCGAUUGGGCAAGUUGUGGUCGUAUCGCAUCCUUGUGUAACAGUGAAUGCUUUCAAGUUCUUUAAGCUGGAUCUACAAUCCAUGGAGUGGUCACUGCUGGAUGAUGGGGAGUUGGAUAAUACCAGCUGGUUCCUUUGUAAUGGCCAGUCGUACCGCGUGAAGGAGGAAGGAAAGAGGAAAGUAUACUUAUUUGGCUCAGAAUAUAGUGCCGAUUCAAUGGUGUCCGUCAAAAAGGACUUGAAUGGAAUUGAGGUGGCCACCUAUUUGACUGUCUCAUUAGGUCCUGCAACUUUGAAGUCCAUCACAAAUAUUUAUGCAUAUGAUUUAGUUGAUGAGACUGUUGAGACGGUGAUACCAGCAUCUAUCGUUACAGAAGUGCAUCGUUGGAUUCAACCUAGUAUAUUUGCUACUUGAGCUAGAUAGUGCCACAUAUUGAACAUGUGGGCUUGAUCUUGAUUCUACUUUUAUUUUUCUUCUUAUAGGUCUUGAAUUUGUGCAAAUCUCUUUAGGAAACAUUACCAACUAUUUUGACAUUUUGUGGAGGCAUUCCAUGUACAUAUAUGUAAGCAGCUUUGUAAUUGUACUGGUCAGAGAAUGAUCAGAGAUGAAUCUUUAGUUUUGUUAUUUCUAUUACUAUUUUAAACUCAAUUGUUUGAGCAA